AUGAAGACGACCUGUGUCGCCCUUGCCGCCAGCCUCGCGCUCGCCGCCUCGACCGAUGCCCACCAGCGCAAGUCGGCGGUUGCGUUCGAGGCGACGACGGCGACGCCGUUUCUGCCGAUCGUGCUCAAGGGCCAGCGCAUGUUCGAGUACGAGACCGGCAAGCCGUUCCAGGCCAAGGGCGUCGACUACUACCCGCGCCCGAACACGGGCCUCCUCGACCUCAACAACCUCGACUUCUUCACGGACGACCUCGAGGCGAUUUGGCUGCCGCACAUUGCCGAGUUCACUGCGCUUGGCAUCAACACGAUCCGCUUGUACGCGAUCGACCCGUCCAAGCCGCAUGACAAGUUCAUGUGCGCGCUCUCGGCCGCCGGCAUCUACGUGCUCGUGGACCUCGGCGCCAGCUGCGAAGGCUGCGCGAUCACGGCCGAGCCGUUCCCGACGUGCUACCCGGCGGCGCUCAAGACUCGCGGCCAGCAGAUCAUCACAGCGUUUGCCAAGUACAACAACGUGCUCGCGUUUAGCGCUGGCAACGAAGUCAACCACGUGGUCAAGGACCCGACGGUCAACGGCCCAUGCCAAAAAAAGUUCAUUCGCGAUAUGCGCGCGUUCAUCAAUUCGUGCAGCGCCAACAUGCGUUCGAUCCCCGUCGGCGUCGUCCUCGCCGACACGAACCGGUCGCCCAAUGCGCUCUACUACAACUGCCGCACCGACCCCAAAGACACGCUCGAGAACGCUGAAUGGUAUGGCAUCAACGUCUAUCUGCAGUGUGACCCCAAGGCGACGGCCAGCAAUGUCGGUGCGAGCUUUGCGCAGCUCCACAAGGACUUUCAGGGCUACAAGCUCGCGGGCCCGACGAUGCUCACCGAGUUUGGCUGCCUCAACAAGGCCUUCCCGACCGUCGAGGGGUACGACGCCCAGCGGUCGUGGGUCCAAGCGUCCUGGCUUCUCUCCAAGGACUUUGCCGACGUCUUUACGGGCGGGUACGCGUUCGAGUUUUCGACCGAGAACGCCAACUCCAAGGCCGAUGCGCCGUACCCGUUCACGUCGUACGGUGCGCAGAACUAUGGGCUUGGGUACUUUUCGCCCGCGACGUGCGACCACUCGACGACGCCGUGCAAGUUUAACCGCAUGCCCAACUUUGAGGGCUUGGCCAAGGCGUACAAGGGCGCGUCCACCGUGCUGCCGUCUAUGGCCGAGUACACACCGACGGUGACGACGCCGCCGACGUGCCCGAAAGAGUUUUCGAGCCUAAAGGACUCGACGUGGGCCGCCGAUAAGGUCACCGACAUGCUCUGCCCCGACUUGACCAAGACGACCAUGUGCCCCGGCCACGCCAUCAUCACCGGCAAGGCCACGCUCCAAACCGAGAGCAACGCGACGGACACGACGAUCGUGCCGCCGACCAAGACGACGCCGACGGCGGGCUCGUCGACCGGGGCGCCGACGCCCGCGGCCAACCAUGCGGACGCCGCCACGAUCGCGGUCGGUGUCGUGGCCGCGGCGCUGGCGUUGCACGUGUAA